CCGGUCCGCCAUGCUACAGGUUCUGAGGCCCCGGGCCUGAGGCAGAGUCUCGUGUUCCGUGUUCUCCGCUGUCGGGAGCUGUGGAGACAGCGGGGCGAGCUCGGAAUCCGCCAUGGAUGCAGUGACCUAUGAAGAUGUGCUUGUGAACUUCACUCAUGAAGAGUGGGCUUUGCUGGAUCCUUCCCAGAAGAGUCUCUACAAAGAUGUGAUGCUGGAGACCUGGGAGAACCUCACUGCUGUAGGCUACAAAUGGGAAGACCAGAAUAUUGAAGAACAUUGUCCAAGUUCUAGAAGACAUGAAAGGUCCGUUGUCCUUCUUCAAGCCUCCUGUUGGACACCGAAUGUCACAGCACACUGUUGGGUUCACUCUGGUCUGUGGAAAAAAGACUCAGAGACACAUUAAGAAUGAAUUUAGCCUUUCCUGGCUGCAGGGGGAUUUCGCCUAAUAUUCUAAGAAAUGAAGCACUUUCCCUUAGCUAAGGAUAUUUUUAUUUUUCUCUAUAUUUACACUUUAGCUAGUUGAUUUCCAUAUGCUCAAAACAGCAGGAAUGAAGCCUCCAAAAAUACAAAGCCAAGUGCAAAUCCUCGAUUCCUCAGUGCCACAGUUUUCCAGGUUUCCUGAACUGAACUAUGCUUAGACUUUCUAUCCUUGAGAAACUCUCACCAGAUUCACAUAGGGCGACAAGACAAACAAAGGUUAUCUGCUAAAUCAAAGAUGGAUUAAUGUUAGGUGUAGCCCACCAGGAAUGCUGCCACACGACAGUAUUUUAAUAGUUCCAUGAGAUCCAUCUUGUAGAACUGUCCAUCCGUUUAAUUUUGCACCUUUGUAUCAUAUAGGCAUAUACAUUGAUAAAGGGAUCAUUGUUUGUGCAAGACAUAUUCUAAGCAAAUAGUCCAUAGUAAAUCUAGUGUUGCUCAUAUAGAGACUUUCCAAGGUUUAGUGAGGAAAGAUCACUUUAUGAAUAUCGAGAAGGGUGUCGUGGUGGAGAAACCUUAAUCCCUAUACCACAUCUUUGUGGGGAGCAAAAGUUAAACUGUGUGAAUGCAGUGUGAAAAUCUUUUGUUUGUUAUUCUUCCCUUAAUAGAUAUCUCAUCUGUCCCUCUGGAUACAAACCAUUUGAACAGAAGAGAUAUGAAAAGAAGCAAUGUAGUUCUCUGUCUCCUACAACACUUAGAAGAUAUGUAGUAGUCCCCACUAUGAGCAGAUUUGGUGAAUGUGAUACAAAUUUACAGCUGAUUGGUUUUCCAGCUACACUGGGAAUACAACAAACUCACGCUGUAAAAAAGUCUUACGAAUACAAGGAGUGUGAGAAUUCUUCUGUCUGCUCUGGUUCACUUUGCACUUGUCGUGUGACUCACAGUCUAGAAAAAUGUUAUGUAUGCAGUCAGUGUGGUAGAAUUCUGAGUUCUUCCAGUUCUGUUGAAAAAUGUGAUAAAGCUCAUUUGAGCAAUGUAAGUGAUAAAUAUGAAUUAUCUACUAAAGGCUUUAAUC